AUGCGCUUAAUUUUGACCGUCCACAACAACCAAACUCGGUGAGCAGUGGUCGCGUAAGAAAUGGGAAUUCGUUUCCAUGGAUGUUCGGUUCCCUUUUAAAUUCAAAUUCGAUUUGUAGAAAACGUGUCCAAAAUACCCUUUUUUACGCUCAUUUGAUAAUAAAAUACGUCAUUUUCAAAUUUCAUACACACGCUCUCACGCCACCUACCAGUUAUCGAUGGGAGAGAAGGUGAAAAGGGUCAGGAGGUGGUGUGGGCACGGUGACUGAAAAAACUUAAUGGCUCGCCUAUGCAUGCUAAACACAAUCUGUCUCUUAACUUCGAAUCCACUAGACCUUACUAUUCAGAGCGUCUCAGACCCCACUUACAUGAAAAGACCAUAAGAGGUGCACUCUAACCUAAAUUUCACUUCCGGCUAGGACCGAGGCACUCCAUUAGCUGGUAGCCUCCUAGGAAGGACUGGCAGAUCCUCGGGACAGGCUCACCCAUUUUAGACUUAUCACUGUUUGCAAUGUGCUGGUUUGCCCCGAGAAUGGGUUGCCUUUUAUCGGUCUCACUUUACAAUGCACCAAUGCCAUUCGGAAGUAAACCUUAGCCGCACAAACGACAUGGCAUAAAAGCCCUCUUUUACGCGUCUUGCGGCGGAUACCAAUGCGCCUGAUGAGACUCAUCCGUGUCUGCACGCCAGUUGCCCAUGCAUAUAGGCUGAAAGGGUUUGGAUGCGCGGCAUUCAAAUCAUGCGUACCUCCCGUUUCGUAUCGACAUCCGCCAUCUGACUGGUUUCAAAGAUGACUGCCACCGUUUUUUUUGCGAUGCGUCAAAUCUGCUGCUACGACACCAGAUCUUUUCAGGUCUCCUGCUUGUGGCACAGGUGCUAGUUUGCCUUGCAUGCAAGCGCCCUAAACUACGUCACCGCGAAAUAUUUGUUAAGGUGGACUAACGUCAGCCGUCUUGAUGACGUUACCUCUCCAGCACAGUUGUAUCGGACUCAUCAUGACAUAGAUACGGGGGACACCGAUUCUUUCCAGGACUUCCAUGGCGGGGAUCCCUUACUGUGUCACCCUCAGUUUUAUUCGAAGGGAGCUGGUAUGGAAGUGGCUGUCUUCUUGGUUGGCCUCCGCUCUGUACACCCCCAGCUCAGUAGUGGAGAGAAUGUGGGGACGACUAUAAAUGGAGUGUUGCGGCCUGUGAAGGCUUGGCAGACUUUGGAGAUGAUUUUUCAGACGGUGCACCUGCGAUAAACGAACUUACCCACAGGAUUUGACGAGUUCCGCUGAAACUUGCCAUAUUUUUUUGUGAUCCUAAGUGGGUGCGAAUUAGUACAUGGUGAUCUUCUUUUCCACGUCAGUAAUCAUUCCAAAGCUUCAGUAGUCGAGGGCAAAAAUGCCCACUCUAUGCCCCAUAUCCACAUAGGCUAUGCUACUCGAUGUUCAGUCAUUCGCGAACAAGAUUAUGUGGACGCUGCCUUCCGAUAGUCUGGUUUCUGACUGCAUAAAACCGAUUUUGACUAGCUGGUUAUUGGUUAGAUUUCUGACUUUGAUUCCCCCUGGUCUCACAAGAUAGACCUUCAUUAACACGGCGGGGAACAUAAGGCUGAAGAGGGUUCGGCAGAGUACACCGUAGAUGCAUUUAGACUGGUCCAUUGUCUGUGAGGCGCGCCAUCUGCGUGCAUCGUUCCAGACAUCCGCAUUCCGGCCCUCGCAGCCUGGUAUGCGCUAACAGUUCCCUAGCACCUGGUUCCCUGCUGUUGGGUGCGCUUGCGCUCCUGCAGGGCAUACAGGUGGUGGGCAUGGCUGCGCAGUCAUCAUCCUCGUCCUUUUGACUCCUGUUGGGGUGCUGUUGUUGUUGAUGAAAAAUCCUGGCCAAGUGUCUGUUGUGGUGGCACGUCUAAGUUCGGGUCCGAUCGUGCCAGCCACCUGCACCCUCCUCCGCCUCUGGUCCUUUUAACCCUGUCUUGACAUCGAGUCCAGGUGGAGCAGGAGGAGAGAGUGCAGUGGAUGCUGUGCAAGUCAACAUUCGCUGUAAACUAAAUCACGCGCAAGUCAUCGUCUCUGCUCUCACCUUCCUGUGUAGCACACGGUUGACAUCGUCGGGUGACUGGUUCAAGACGCUCCUGACUUUCUCAGGACAAGGGGUUGCCGCGAGUAUGCGUGCGCUUUUCUUGAUUACUCCUCCGCCUUCAAUACCGUCCCGCGUCCUCUUCUUCUUUCCAAAACCUCCGCAUGUGGCUCUCCAGGCUGGGUCGUCUCUUGACUGA